CCUCGACGCAUCCUUCCGCAUCUUAAUCUGCACGUCCAUAUUCUACCCAGCGGACAUGCCGUCCACCCCAAGCACCGAUCAUCACGACCUCCUUGCGCACGCGCAGGACGACCCAGAGCGUGUCCUCAUCCUGCUCGACGUCCAGAAGAACAUGCUCGCGGAGCCCCCGGCCGGCGUGCCGGCGGGCGCCGUCGUCGGGCCCAACAUCGCAAAGAUCCUCGCCUACGCCCGCGCGGCAGUUCCCCCACCGCGGAUCGUGCACGUCCGCAACUGCGGCGACGCGGGCGAGCCGGACGAGACGGGCACGCCCGGGUGGGAGCUCGUACACACGCCGCUGCCGGGGGAGUUUGUGGUCGACAAGCGGAAGAACAACGCGUUCGCGGGGACGGAGCUAGGCAAGAUCAUCCCGGCGACGUCGGAGAUCGUCAUGGUCGGGAUCCAGAGCGACUUCUGCAUCCGGGCGACGUGCAGCGCGGCGCUGAGCCGCGGAAACGAGGUGCUGCUCGUGCGGGGCGCGCACGCGACGUACGACCGGAUCGAAUACCACAAUCAUGGGCUGAUCACGAGCGCGGCGGAGGUCGCGAAGGAGAUCGAGGGCGAGCUGGAGGAGGCGGGGGUGCAUAUGCUGGAGAUGAAGGACUUGCCCGGUCUGUUCACGGAUCGCUAGACUGGUGGGUACGACUGGGCUUGCGGGACAUUCAUAGGAGAGCUCGGUUUCUCUUGCAGGUAAAUGCCUGUUCGUUGUACGCGAUGUGCAUUCUGUAUUCUGUUUGUUGUAUUGCCUUGUAUGGCAUCUCGGAUUUCCGACAUGUACUUUUCUCUCAUAGGUGUCCAUACAUUUGCCUCUUAGGCGAACUUCGCAUGUAUGCAUAUGAAAUGUAGAAUCGAUUGAACUCUUGGACAAAGAGUUG